CAGCGUUACUUGAUCACAGCUAAAAUUAUUCUCUAUAAAUUCUAAAAUUCGCAAGAGAGCAGAAACAAUGGCGAUGGCGGGUUUGUUCAGACGACUCCUGCCUUCCCCUCCUGCUAUCGAUUUUGCCUCUUCUGAGGGAAAGCAACUCUUUAUUGAAGCCAUUCAGGGAGGGACAAUGGAAGGAUUCUACAGGUUGAUUUCUUACUUUCAGACACAAUCAGAACCGGCUUAUUGUGGAUUGGCCAGCCUUUCCAUGGUACUAAAUGCUCUAGCAAUUGACCCCGGAAGAAAAUGGAAGGGGCCUUGGAGGUGGUUUGAUGAAUCGAUUCUCGACUGCUGUGAGCCUCUAGAAAAGAUUAAAGCCAAGGGCAUCUCAUUUGGGAAGCUUGUAUGCUUGGCUCACUGUGCUGGAGCAAAAGUCGAAUCUUUCCGUACAAGUCAAAGCACCAUAGAUGAUUUUCGUAAGCAUGUCAUGAGGUGUUCGGCUUCUGAUGAUUGUCAUGUGAUCUCAUCGUAUAACAGAGCGACAUUUAGACAGACAGGAAGUGGUCAUUUUUCACCUAUUGGGGGUUAUCAUGCUGGAAGGGAUAUGGCAUUGAUCUUGGACGUUGCACGUUUCAAGUAUCCUCCUCAUUGGGUACCACUAAAGCUUCUUUGGGAAGCCAUGAAUAAUUAUGAUGAAACAACUGGACAGCGCAGAGGGUUCAUGCUUAUAUCAAGGCCUCACCGAGAGCCAGGAUGUCUUUAUACUCUGAGUUGUCGGCAUGAGAGUUGGGCCAGAAUUGCUAAAUAUCUAAUAGAUGAUGUUCCCCUCCUCUUAAGAUCAGAGUUGGUGAAAGAUAUUGAGAAAGUUCUCUCUGUUAUUUUUGUUUCACUCCCAUCAAAUUUUGAGGAGUUUAUCAAGUGGGUUGCAGAAAUUCGGAGGCAAGAGGAUAGUGGUCAUAAUCUAAGUCAGGAGGAGAAACAAAGGCUAUCUAUCAAGGAAGAGAUAUUGAAACAAGUGCAGGAAACGGGUCUUUUUAAGCAUGUUACUGCUUUCUGUUCAUCAGCAAAUUCAUGCCGCAGAAACGUGUUGAGAUUUGGUCUUGAACGCAGUCUUCCUGACAUUGCUGCUAGUGUCUGUUGUCAAGGGGCAGAAAUUUUGGGUGGUAAGGCUGGCUCGUCAGAUGGGUACUGCUGUCGGGAAACAUGUGUGAGAUGCUUAAAGGCUAAUGGUGACAAGCCCGUUACAUUGGUGUCUGGGACAGUCGCAGAUGGUGGCAGUGAACAAGGACUGGAUGUGCUAAUUCCUUCGUCCCAGAUGAAACUUGCGCGCUGUCGCUGUGGCCCUAGUGAUUCCGUAGGGAUGUACCCGGCAAGUGCUGAUGUUCUUACAGUAUUGUUGCUGGCCCUUCCUCCAGAUACAUGGUCUGGAAUUAGGGAGGAGAAGCUCUUGCAGGAAAUAGAUAGACUUGUGUCGGCAGAGAAUCUUCCGUCUUUGCUUCAGGAAGAGGUUUUGCACUUAAGACGUCAGCUCCAUAUUUUGAAGAGAUGUCAGGAGAACAAGUUGGAUGACCUUGGUCCAUCUCUUCUCUAGCCUCUCUACCUUCCCUAUUCUGUCCUCUCUCGUCUCAUUUUCUAGCUGUAGGUAUUAUUGUGGGUCAAUCUAUUGGAGAGCUGGGUACACAACUAACAUUAGGAACUUUUCAUACCGGCGGAGUAUUCACAGGGGAAUAUAUUUAGCGUCUGCUACGACUCAAGUGAGGGGCAACUUAUUACUGUAUUUUUCCACACCAGCAGCUGGUUUUCAAAGCAUGUGUAUUCCCUCACUUGUUUCUUUGUGAAUACAUGUUUACAUGGUUAUAUCUCCUUGUCGUCUAUUAGGGCACUGGCUUAUGCACAAAUGAUCUCCCACAAGGAGUCUGUCUUCUCUGCUCUGGAGGAGGUGGGUUAGAUUUCUUUCCGAAUCUUGUACAUGAAAUUUGUAUGCAUUAUCUUGGCACGAGUGGUUUGCGGAUUAUUAUGUGAAUCCAUUGGACACUCAAAAAAUAGUAGUUACCAAAAUGAGAGG